AUGGAUCUCGACGACGAGUUUGGCGACGAUAUACUGGAUGAUCUCAACGACUCCACCCUUCAAGAACUCGAGAACAAUGCCCUUCUGUUGACGCAAACGCGGAGGUCCGACCAGCCCUUGUUGACGAAGCCUGCCGCACCCCCCCAGCACACCACCAACGAGUAUGCCUGGGACGAAGACGAAGACCUUGAUCAUUCCGAGGUGAUCAACGACGGUGGCGAGCCCGUUGGCCAUCGCCCCAUCACGAGCAGCCUCCAGCAGUGGCAGCACGCCCGCCGCCCUGCUCCUCCCCGGCCGAGUCCGCAAUGGAAUAAUGCCAUCGACCCUGCGAGACGGGGCGGCGCGGGUCUUCCCCAGCGUCAAGCGCACCCCGGCGUUGGAGGGCUCAGCCAGCAGGCUGGACUUGGUGCUGGGCCAUUGCAGCGGCCUCAGUUCCCGCAGCCUUCUCCCGGUAUCAAUCGGCCGCUACAGUCGAGCCAGUUCGCGAAACCGUCGAUCCCGCCACCGAGCCGUCCCACCUCUUCCCAGCAGGGCCAGCCAAACGGCAACGCAUUCGCCGCGUUGCAGCAGCGAGUCCGGGCGUUGGAGUCCGAGCUGAACGCUGCUCGUGGCGAGGCUGCCAUAAUCCGCGCCAAGGCCAACAAAGCAGACCAGGAGCAUUAUGACGAGGUGGCUCGUCUUCGUAAAGUCAACGAUGAGCACGCAGCUCGCCAAGCACGCCUGGUGGAGGAGGCGCUCGCCGCCGAGAAGCUUGCAUUGGCCGCUGAGAAGUCUGCGAGCACCGAGCUAGAGUUUCUCCAGCAGGAUAUGAGGGAAGCCAACUCGAGAGCCAAGCAAAAGGAUGUGGCCUCUCGCGGGAAGCAGGCAGGGGUCGCCACAACGCCCAAGAAGGCUGUCAAGACCUGGGGGCUUGCAGAUGGAUUUGAGGACGUGGAGAUGGUGAGCCCUAGCAAAAGCCAGGGCCGUGGCAGACACACAGGCUCUAUCGCCAUUGACCUGGGGGAGAGGACACCAACAAAGGCGAAAAGGAAACGGCCUAUGGUUGAUAGCCCCGUCAUGGCCUUGGAUACGCACACGGAGGAAGCACUCGCAUCCAUGGACCAAGGAAAUGCGGCGACACCAGCAGACCCUCCAAUGGCGCAACCUAAACAGGACCAGAGCCAAAUACCCCAGGCCCCGUUCGAGUUUCUCCAGCUGAUCCUUGAUCAUGCGGCCUUCCAUGACGAACCUCCUACAUUUGAUGUCCUCUCCCGUUAUACGUUCCCUACCGACCCGUCGACGACCCUGGCAACAUUGAUAUUCCGGAAACUACCUACCAUGGGCAAUCGUCACCAGCCAAUGCAGCUCCUCGUGGACUUUGUGCAGACAAUCACGGGUCUGUGGAGGGCCUGCGUCGAAGACUCAUUCUGGGAACCCAUCAAGUAUCUCGUUGCUCUCGUCGAGUUUACUCUGCAGCUGCAUACGAUUGAUAUCGCACCCCUGAUUCUCCCAGCACUCCUGCCAUGUGCACAACCGAGCGUCUUUAAUCUGGCAGAGCUGCGGCACAAGCUCCCUGAGGAGCAGCUCGCCAAGAGCGAUGAAUAUCUGGCCCUCGCACAGAACAUUGAUAGCACCAAGAUCUUGACGCUAUUAUACAUUACCGCCCUUUCCUCUCUUACAUUGGAGAUGCCGGAGGCGAGUGGGUUCCAGCCGAAGAUUGUCGACUUUUGGCAACAUCUGAAUCUGGACACUGUGGCUGUUCUCCUGACACCGAGGCAGUUGCCGCAGGAUGUAAUACUUAUCCUUGACCUGCUUGCCACAUCCUCGCUUCCAGACUCUAUAGGCCCCAUCACACCUGAGAGAGAACCGCCCUUUGUUGCUGCUUUUGUCAUGGAGCGUGUGUCCAUCAAGCUAGUCGAAUCAACACGAUCCAUCAAUAUCUCCCCCGAGGAUAAACGAAAGAUUCGAAUUGCUGCUCUACGGACCCUGAUUGCAUUUGCGCGCUAUCCCUUUGGGGCAAUGCAGCUCGCGUCUCACGAUAAUGUUAUCCCACGGAUUGUCGCCUGCCUUAGUGGUGCGAUUGAUGAUCUCUAUGACCAGGACAUAUCCUCUACGCUCGUUUCCCCCGACAACGACGACGAUGACCUAGUCGAAGUCUCAACAUCAUCAACACAGCUGACUCGAAUCAUAUCGCAGUGUGUGAUGCUGCUACACACCCUCGUCACAGAUCAGAAUACGGCCAACGUGGUCAACAUCAGCCAGAAACUAUCUACAUCGCAUGGAGGGAGCCAGCGCUAUCUGAUUGCACUGGGGAGGCUGACAUUCGCCGAGGAAGACCUGGUGAUGGAGAGCGGUAUUGAGAGCGAGAUCGUCGAGGCGGCGCACGAGCUGUUGGAGAUGGCCGUGACGCCGGACGAGGGCGAAUUAGUGAGCGAGGCUUUUGGAUCAUAA